AUGGCUACUGCUUUAACAGAAACAAACUUGGACGAUAUCCUACCCUUGAUUGCUAGAGGUAAAGUUAGAGAUAUCUACAAAGUUGACGACAAGACCUUACUGUUUGUUGCUACAGACAGAAUUUCUGCUUAUGAUGUCAUCAUGAAGAACGCAAUCCCGGAUAAAGGUUCCAUCCUAACAAAAAUCAGCGAAUUUUGGUUUGAUUUUUUGCCAAUCAGAAAUCAUUUGGUUCAAAUCCCUGAAGGUAAAACGAUAUUCUCUUAUUUACCAGAAAAAUUGGGCCAAGAAGCUAAAUAUAAGAAUCAAUUGGAAGGUAGAUCCUUAUUGGUACGUAAAUUCAAAUUGAUUCCUUUGGAAGUCAUAGUCAGAGGUUACAUCACUGGUUCUGCUUGGAAAGAAUACUGUGCUACCCAGACCGUUCAUGGUGUUCUCCAACCAAAAGGUUUAAAAGAAUCUCAGCAAUUUCCUCAUCCAAUUUUCACACCAUCCACUAAGGCAGAAUUAGGUGAUCAUGAUGAAAAUAUUUCCAUUGAAAAAGCUGAACAAUUAAUUGGUAAAGACUUAUGUGAUAGAGUUGGUAAGAUCGCCAUUGAUUUAUACACCAAGGCCAGAGAUUAUGCCAAGAAUAAAGGUAUUAUCAUUGCUGAUACCAAAUUUGAAUUUGGUUUAACAGAUGAUGGUAAAGAAAUCGUAUUGGUUGAUGAAGUUUUGACUCCAGAUUCAUCUCGUUUUUGGAGUGCUGAAAAUUACAAAAUUGGCCAAGGUCAAGACUCCUUUGAUAAACAAUUUCUAAGAGAUUGGUUAACUAGUAAUAAAUUGAAUGGUGUUGAAGGUGUUUCAAUGCCGGAAAAUAUUGUUAAAGAAACUCGUUUGAAAUACAUUGAAGCCUAUGAAAUAAUCACCGGCUCCAAAUGGUAA